UCUAGUAAUGUUGGUAUAAUACAAUUUAGCAGCAGAAUGCGCGGGAAGAAAUUCCGUUACUGUGUUUAAGGUAAAAUUAUUGCAAAAAACUGAAGAUAAAAAGAGUAUGCAAGCUUUUUUAAAAACUGGUAAAUUAGGUCCUGGCGAGUUUAAAAAAGUUUCGAAUUCACGUUCAAAAGAAGAACGUAGUGGUCCUGCACCGCCAUGGGUCGAGAAAUAUCGUCCAAAGAACGUAGAAGAUGUUGUUGAACAAACAGAAGUAGUAGAGGUAUUACGACAAUGUUUAAAAGGAGGUGAUUUUCCAAAUUUAUUAUUUUAUGGUCCACCUGGAACUGGUAAAACAAGUACUAUAUUAGCUGCAGCUAGACAAUUAUUUGGUAGUCUUUAUAAAGAAAGAGUAUUAGAAUUAAAUGCUUCUGAUGAACGGGGUAUUCAAGUUGUAAGAGAAAAAAUCAAAUCUUUUGCACAACUUACAGCAGGUGGUAUGAGAGAUGAUGGAAAAAGUUGCCCUCCUUUUAAAAUUAUUGUCUUAGAUGAAGCAGAUAGUAUGACUGGUGCUGCACAAGCUGCACUUCGUCGUACUAUGGAGAAAGAAUCUCAUAGUACUAGAUUUUGUUUGAUUUGUAAUUAUGUAUCAAGAAUCAUAGAACCUUUGACUUCUCGUUGUACAAAAUUCAGAUUUAAACCAUUAGGAGAAAAUAAAAUUAUUGAGAGAUUAGAAUAUAUAUGUAAAGAGGAAGAUUUAAAGGUAGAAAAACCUGUUUUAUUAAAAAUUGUUGAAGUUUCGGGUGGAGAUUUAAGACGUGCCAUAACAUGUUUACAAUCAAUUACAAAAUUAAAAGGCAAGGACAUUGAAAUUACUGUUGAUGAUGUACUUGAAAUCAUUGGGAUUGUACCCGACAAAUGGUUGGAUGAAUUAAUAGAUGUAUGUAAAACAAAAGAUUAUAGCAAAGCAGAAGAAUUUGUCGACCAAUUUAUGUUAGAAGCGUAUGCUACAUCCCAGGUUAUUGAACAACUUAGCGAAAGAAUUAUAUAUUCCAAUGAAUUAACAGAUAAACAGAAAGCUUUAAUUGCAGAUAAACUUGGGGAAUGUAAUUAUAGGCUGUUAGAUGGUGGAAAUGAAUAUAUACAACUUAUCAAUAUUUGUUGCGGUAUUAUAAAAGCUUAUGAAUUAGUGGAAGAAGCGAUUUUCUAGCUCUGUCGCGCAAUCUAUCGGUGGAUGACUCUUAAUGACGCCAUAGUUUGAGAAUCACUGUCAUCGGCGUGUAGGGGCGUCGUUGCUGCGUGCAAUGUGUAUCGUGUAGGCGUUGGCGAGGAGGAGACAAGUCGGGGAUGUGUCCGUAAAAAACUUGCGGUUUCUGCGUACUCUGCCGCACGUGCACGCUCAAAAUCGUGUUCCGUGAACUAUUGAAUCUUGACAAAUCAUACUACGUGCCCAUAUUGGUCGAAAUCGUCUCGCGAACGGGCCUAACAAUUACGGCCAGGAAAAAAAAGUGCAGCCAGUGCUCCGUAUUCUUUCGUUUCUUCCAAAGGCCACGUAUCGUGCGUGUGUAUCUCAUUCUCUUGUCACGAAAGCUUAAGACGCUAACAAAUAAUUCCGUCGAUCGGAGAAAUCGACGAUUCGAUUCCACGGAAGAAACGACGCCCGUACCAGGAUGCCAGGACAGGAGGAUCUCCGAAGAGCCAUUGAGUUGAUCGGUGUUACUCGCGCAAAUUAAUUUCAACUCGAUUCGUAAGAGACGACCAAAGUCUCGAAAAACGUACGGAUAUUAACUUGAGAGGAAGAAAGAUAGAGACAAGGAGGAAUUCAAGAAGAAAGAAUCCGACGGAGAGCGUGUGUACAGGAGAUGUUCGGAAUCUCGAAACGAGAUCCUGGUGCGGGAGGAUUCCACUAUCAACGGUUACGAUCGAACGUAUUAUCACACGCUGGAUUCUUCGGCGUAUGAGACAGUCACCGAUUGUGAGUCUCUCUCUUGUCUGUGUGGACGCUGCUGACUGUGUACGUGUUUUUCCCGGCGAAGAAAUCUCGGCUUGUGACGGCGGCGGCGGUGGUGUCUGCUGGCAUGAGAUUUUAUCGUCGUCUAGUCGGCACGCUCUCGUGGAAGUAUCAACAUCGAAUACGCGCAGUGCGGUUCGUGUGAUUUUUUUGUGCGUGAAU